AUUUUUUUUUGGUUUUUUUGAUAAGGGUAAUAUAAAUUUGAGUAACGCGUAACAUUUUUUGUGAAGUGCUUUUGUCACAUACAAUUAUCUUUAAAUACGUUCGUACAUAUUUCAGGAAGUUAUAUGUACUCAAAAUCUGUAAUUUGAGUUUUGCCAACUAUAUAUUAGAAUAUAUCAUUUAAUGCGCUCGCCUAUUACUACUCAGGUUGUUCCUUCCAGGAAGUCAUUGGCUCAAAAGGCAUUUAAAAUUGUCUCGAAUCCCUGGGCUCAAAAUGUUUCGUUUCCGUUUUAUUUCACUGACUGCACUAAUUUUUCGCUACUUUAUCUUAAAGAACGUUUUGAAAUAUCCUAAGAAUUAAAUACAUGUAAUACGUACCUUAGUCUUUAGAAAAGCAAAAUGAUGUGUUGCGACACGGCACGAUUCGGUAAACUGGCUCGCGAAACUGACAAGCAUGGAGCAUAAAAAACAGCUGUGAUUUGUGUAUACAAAACCUCUUAUUAAAUUUAGUGAAGGACUUUUAAAAUUAAAAUUUGAAAGAAUAUAAUUUAUCUCUAAACAUGACUUCUGGAAGCGAUUCUAUUCCCUAUCUUCAUGAUUACUUGAUGAACGACGAGGACAAUUCUGGUGAUGAAGAUUCUGAUAACCGUCAAAAUCAGAAUUAUAUGCUCCGUGAACAGGAUCGCUUCCUACCUAUAUGCAAUAUUAUCAAGAUAAUGAAAGUUCCCGUUCCCGAAAAUGGUAAAAUAGCUAAAGAUGCCCGUGAAUGCAUACAGGAAUGUGUUUCUGAGUUUAUAUCGUUCAUUACUUCAGAGGCAAUUGAGCGAAGUAUGUCCGAGAAUCGUAAGACGGUCAACGGAGAUGAUCUAUUAUACGCCUUUUCCAAUUUGGGCUUUGAUAAUUAUGUGGAACCUCUCUCCAUAUAUUUGCAUAAGUUUCGCGAGGCCACCAAAUGUGAUCGUAAUUUAUUUAACGACAAUUCCGCAUUUCAAGAUGAUUCUUCGGGCGACAUUCGGUGCAAUGGCAGUAAUCAACAACAGCAUUCAAAUGCAGCUGCCAGUAACAAUAAUUGCAAUGAUAGCGAAACCGCAAGCUCUAGGAAUUCGCAUGUUUUAUUUCAUAGUGGUGCAAAUUCAGGCUCAAAAGACCUGGAAUCAGCUGACAUUAAUUACAAACAAACUAUUAAACAAUUUCAGAAUUAUUUAAGCGAUUCAAAUGCAACUUUUUGCGUUAACAACACAUUAACAACAACAACGAAUGUUCCCACUACUACUACAGCAUUUACUAAUAGUCUGUCUUCAAUCAGCACUGUACGCCAAUUACCUAUAAUAACGACAGUGGCGAAUGAUCCAAAUUCGCGUUUUAAUAGCUCUACAGAUGAUACUUUAAUAUUUGAUGCUGAUGAUUUAAUGCAGCAAUUGCUGGAGCAACAACAACAGCAGUCGUCAGCCAAUAUAACAAUUAAUAAAAUCAGAAGAACUGAUUUUAAGUUCUAACUUAAAAAAAUUAAUUAGAUGUGAAAGCUUUCAAACAUUAUAGUGACCUUUUUUUAUCAUAUUAUUUGUUGGGUGAUUUUCUUAAU